CGAGGCCGUGUUGUGUGAGUUACUUCUAAGUGUGUGUAUUGAGUUGUUUUGUAUCAAAAUCUGUUCGGCUUUUCAUUCGUAAAAGGCUAUAUAAAAUAACAUACAUAUGACUGGAUAGAUAGUUAAGCUAUAGGUCUCACCUACCUUCAUUACUUUGUUUGUUGUACACUCAAGCUUGAGGUGGUUUUCCUAUAGCUUGCACUCUGAUAGAUGUGAAAUGUUGGGAGACCUGGUAUCUACCUGCAGUGGUGUUUCUUCAAGAAACCAAGCGCGGCCGCUUUUAAGUUUGCUAAACGAUGGCUACUGCUGGAAGUAAACAAGUUUAAUCGGGCACAGAAUGCAAAGCUGCUUAUAGUGAUUACCAUUAGGAGAUGAAAAGCGAAACUCACAAAAGAUUUCAUUUUUCCUGAUAAAUUAUGGACCCGGAGAAUAAUAUGUACGUGGGUCUUAAUCCAUACUGGAAUGAAGAAGAUGAGCAAUACGACAACUGUGACUGUCCAGGGCCUCCUCCCCCUGAAUUCAUGAUCCCCCCGCCUCCUGCUCCCCCUUACUUACAGAUGUGUCAGGGCCAAAACUCUGACUUACAGUACUGUGAUGUUCAACCGCUAGGGGCCGAGUACACACAUCCAACUUUUCCAUCUCUUCCUGUAAUUGCUGUCUGCUGUUCUGUGGUACUUGUCGCCAUCUUGGUUGUUUCCUUUUUGCUAUGGAAGCAUAAGCGGAAAGUCCAGAACUUUCUACCUUGUAAGAGUGAACACCAACCUUCGUGUGAUAUUCCCAGUUCUAAUGGAGUGACUUAUGAUGACGUACUAAUCAGUCAUCAUCCUACUCGGAUACCUACAGUUGGACCGAACAGCCAAAAUCUCACUCCCAUCGAACAGUUUUUGGAUGUCAAAUAUGGCGGCUAUGGACCAUCUCAGUUUUCCCACGCCAAUUUUGCUUUCUCGGGUAAACAAAUGGGAAGUAUGAUUUACAACAAAAGCAAAGAAAACUUUAAUCCUAUAUAUGAGGAGGUUUCUGGGGGAUCAGACGGGAAGGUAGAACAUCGCAGUGGAGACUCAGAUAUUGAAGAUAGCGAAACAGAAGCUCGAAUAAUUGGAAGUGAAGACGAAUUCGCAGAAGACGAAUUAAGUCUCGCAGAGUUCCCCACAGAAGCAUCUCAAGUCGGUUCAUGUACCAUUAAUCUUCAGGGUUCCACUGAAGGAAACUUGUGUUCUAAUGUGGCUUCCGGAUCUAGUGAAGGCGCGUUUGCUGACCACUCUGACUCUCGAGAACUACGUGGACGCUUCCGUGGUGAUAAGGGUGGAUGUACAGCUCGAAAAAAUGGUGGCCACUCUUUGGAACACAAUCGAAAUGUACAUGUUAGUGAAGGAGUUCAUGCCAAACAUCAAUAUUAUUUGGAUAAAAUCACGAAUGGUACUGAUCAAGAUCCCAGUUUACAAGGAAGGGUUAAUGACCCAUUUCCACAGUACAGUAUGAAACCCGAAAACCACCGAAACAAAUCCGGUUUAUUACUUAAUACUAAGAUAAUCGCACGUGAUUCAGGAAAUCUUCGAAGUGGUAACAAAGAAAUGCGCUCUGGUCAUCCUACAGAUAAACGAUCCCAGAAACGUUCCACGGAAUCCCUUGCUCCUCUUCCUAAUCCUUUCACCCAGCAUCAGGAUCAGACACCGGCAGUAUAUAGUCCAACUCCAGGGUCAAAGUCUGGACGGCUGCCAGGUGCUGUCCUUUCUGAACUCAAUCAAAGAAUUGGUGGUUCUGGUAAAAGAACAGGAGUACAUUCUGCGAAUCAGUCUCGUAAUAGCCCCAUACUUAACAGCCAGCGGUCUAUGGCUCCUGUAGAAUUAGGAACAUUUCGACCAACGUCAGGGGCCAAGCCCUUGCCCAAUCCCAUGAAGGACAACAUAUACGCAUCAAUAAAUGAGGAUCAAUCUUACACUAAUGAAGGCAGCUGCCAAUACACUAGUCGAAGCCCUGGAAAUACCCGACACAACAUUAACAGAUGGGGAGUGCCAAAGGACUGGAAUAAAGCCUUAAUCAGCCAACACAUUCCACCUGCUCACAGUACCGAGGAACAAGAAUCAUACGGUGAUAUUAGACCUGCAAACGAUUCCACAAUAAUAGGAACGUGAUUACUUAAACAUUUUGAUUCGUUAUUGAAAUUUUAUUCCACGUCAUUUUUAUCACGCCAGGCAAUGCGGUAAAGAUCACAGUACUUGCUGCAGGGCAACAGCUUCUUCUGAUUUGCGGAGUUCAGUUCUGGCUGCUUAUUUCCUUUUCUUUUCAGCCAAAUGUGCUCAUUUGUCAAAGUUUCAGAUGUCAUUCUUCAAGUUGCCCCAAAUUUGUUAAAUUCUUAUUACGGAAAUGAAAUUUACUGACUGCUCACGGUAAAUAUUUAAGCUCUUCAAAAAUAUCAACAUUUCUACUCGUGUGUAAUGUUUGUAAAUAAUUUAAAUGUUAAACCAAAAGAACAUUUGCUUUGAACUAGACUCAAGUCUAGACGUAGCUUCUGCUUAGGUAACAAGUAAGAUGUGUAUUCUCUGUAUAGUCAAUACUGUGAUAUGUUCGUGUAAGCGGUAUCUCAGAUCUUGCAGGAUCUAUUGGCUUUAUGUGGCUCGUUCGCCACCCUUGUAUAUAAAUUUAUGUAUAUCAAAUGUAACUCUGUUUUGGGGAAAAGCCAAGGAAUAUAUAUAUAUAUUUUUUUUUUAGUUGAAACAAGUACGUCCAUUUCAAUGCUAUAUAAUAUUCAGUUUCUAUAGCUUGCCAAUAUACACGUGUAUGUACGUUCUCUUUUCUAACGGUACAAAUAGUUCUACUGCGAUCUGGAUAAUUAAUUUCUUUAAUAUAAUGUAGAUUGGAUACGAUAUAAAUUAUGUUGUUUUGAUUUUUCUAAAAAUAUCCGAAAUGUGGAGUUAUUAGAUAAUAAUAAUUUCGAGGAUUAGUUAUAUAAAAAUGAAGAAGAAUAUGUUGGAUAAUUAUGAUGCAUCCUGUAGUCUUGUCCCUGAUAAUCGACAAAAACUUAGUCCCAAUCGGAUAACAAAGCGUGCACAAUCAAUUUUCUGCAUGUAGAAUGCCUGAGGUAGGCUUUUAAUUGAUUGUCCAAAUUCAGUACGGUGAAAAUCCUGCCAUCUGCUAUACAAGAACUAGAACUGUAUUGUUAGGAACAUAUGUGCAUCAACAAAAUUGAUUUAUUUGAAAUUCUUACAUAAAAAACAUGAAGACCAAAAAAAGAAAUAACAGCAUAACUUCUCAGGGGUGUACGUUAUUAGAUAUGAUUAAAAGUUCUUGCUUUAUUAUCGGGAUGGUUUUUAGUUUUCAGAAGGGAAAAAACAACACAAGUAAUGUGGAUAAUUUGUAUACGUAAGCAAAACACUUAAAUGUCGAUAAUAUAGAUCAUACUUGGGCCAUAGUUGAAACUUGAAAGUGCGAAAUUAUAAUUUAUAUAUCAAAUGUUUCGUUAGGUUGUUAUUAUUUUUAAAUAUAUAUAUUUUGCUGCGCAUAUUAAGAAUCAAACAGUCUUCAAAAUGUUUUUUUCCAACAUUAGACAAACCAAUUCUGGGAGUAGCGACAUCUAUAAAGUGAAUUUAAUAAAUGAUAAUAAAAGCCUACAAAAAGUGUAUAAUGAGGAAUUCAUGAAUAAUAACGAGUUAGUAUUGAUGUUUGAAAUAAACCGUAAAAUGCUAAUACUUUUGUAUUUAUGUAGUUUC